ACUCUUUUUCUCUCCCCUUGCGUGAUUUCCACCAUUUUUGCUUGAUUGGAUGGCCAGGUAUUUUUCUCUGCGUCAAGGUGUGCCUUGGAAAAAUCUUAUUGACGCUCAAGCGAUUGAUGCUAAUAAAGCGAGAGGGCCUCGAGUGUGAAAGUACGUUCCAGUUCUCUAGGAAAUGGAAAGAAGGUUUGAAGAUCUUUCAUCAUCAUGUCAAAGUAGAAGUCUGAGUGGAAGCAGUAAUUUUUCAGAGCUAAGAGAGAGAAUGGCAAAGCAGACAAAAGAAACAAAGAGACAACAAGAAGAGGUGGAGCAAGCAACCAAACUCACCAUGGAGAAAAUUGGUCGUUCAUUUACUGGCAGUCUAGCUCACAAGCACCUUCCUGAUUUUAGCCACACAACAGGUUUUCUUGGAUCAGACACAGUGAAACCUGGUCUUAAUUGUCAGAAUGAUCUUUCUUCUGGUUCUUAUUGUAAAAGAAGCUUUACAUCACACAACAAGAGGGACACUGAAGAAUUUCAAAACAGUGGUUUUGGUCUUGAAAAUGAUCACCAAGAAAAGACUUUACAGGACUACCGCAUGCAAGUUAAGAUGCUUGAAAAAAUGCUGGGAGAGACUUACAGGCUUAGUGAACAGCAGAGAUUGGAUUUUGAUAAAACUUGCACGGAGUUGCAGGUUAAAUUGCAGGAGGUUCAGAUGGAAAGAGAUACUUUAGCAGAGAAGAGGUAUAAAGAACGUCAAGAUCAAGAGGACUUAAUAAAUCAGAUGCAAGCCACAGUUAAUGAGCUGGAGAAGAUCAAGAAGACGCACAAUGAACAAAUGAAGGAAGCCCUGAGCCGCAGUGAGGCACUGCUGAAGAAACAAAAUUUACAAGACAAGGUGCUUCAUAAGUUGCGAGCUAUCAUACUGGAUUAUGGAAAACGAUCUGGAAAGAAGAUAACCAGCCCGGAUCGAGGUGAUAGUCUGUCUUUCAGUAAUUUGGGCACUGCUAUGGAAAGGUUGCUCAGUGACUUGGAUGCAGAAAUCUCUCAACUCCAAGGAAAAAUUCAGCCUAUGGAAGAUCUUUUAGAAUCCUUCAAGCAGGAGUCUCAACGAAAACUGGAGAGCUUGAUCAAGCAACACCAGGAACAAAUGGAAAAUCUUAUUGUGUGUCAUAAUCAGAAGGUGGCAGAACUGAAUGAAAAAAUUAGCCUUUCUCGCAAUCAGGCACAGAACAUCCAGAGCCAAGUGGAAACUGUACAGGAACAAGCAAGAAACCAAAAUGCCAUUCAUAUUAAUCAACUGUCUGAUCUUGAGACCAGUGUUGCUCAGUUGAAAUCUGAACUUCAUGAAGCUAAAAGGAUAUAUAAGGAACAUAUUGAGAGUUUAGAGAAGAGCUUGAGUCAAGCUCGGUCAGAAUCAGAGUUUGCAAAAAAGGAAAGUGGCCAGCGCAGGCAGGAAUUUAGAAUUCUGGAAACACAGUAUCAGCAGAUUAUGGCUGAUCUGCAAAAUGUGAAAGAUGAACUGAUUAUGGAAAAAGAACAGAACAAGGAACUGAGGGAGAGUGAUGCGACAAAUACCAUAACUAUAGCUAAUCUGAAAAAGGAACUGGAAGAGCAGAGCAAGCAGUCACACCACCUAGAUGACCUUGUAAACACACUAAAAGAUAACUGCCAGGCCUAUGUAGAGCACCAGCUUGUAGCUGGAAAAAGGGAGAAAGACGCACUUGACAAAAUACUGUCUCUAGAGAACCAGCUAGAUGUAGUCAUGGACGAGCUGAAGAGCUUUAAAGAUAUCCAGAAAAAUGUGGCACAUCUUCAUACUUGUCUGGAGGAAAAAGAAAAAGAUUUCCAGGAAUUAGCCACAGAAAAACAAAAUAUCUAUCAACUUCUGGAGGCAAAGAACCAAGAACUAUGUACAAAAGAAGCCGAACUAGGGCAACACAUUUCUGAGGAAAAUGCUGCAAAGCUUAAACUUGCAGAAAAUGAGCAAAAGAUUAAGAUAUUGCAACAGCAAGUUGAAAAUGUUGCUCUUAUUGCAGGGCAGCAUAGCCGCAACUUUGAAGCUACACAGAAUGAGAAGAUGCAGCUUCUGAAGGAUAUAGGAGAAAUAAAACAAGAGGUGCAACAUCUAAAGAUAACAAAGAAAAACUUAAAUGACAGACUUAAAGAAAUUGAGUCAGUGAAGACGGACCUGAUGGAAUCAAAUUCUGAGAAAACGAAUAUUAUCAAAGAGCUCACCUUGGAGAAAAAUCAACUUGAAACAAAGCUUGAAGCUCAACAAAAUCAGAUGGCAAAAAUAACAGAGGAAAUGGAAGAUAUGAAGAAAAAGCAUUUCAGUAAAUGCGAAGAGAUGGAAAAGUUGGAGGCUAAGCUGAAUUCACAGCUAACAAUAACGAAGGAUGAACUGGAGCAAACCAGAAACACUUUGAAGAGCCUUCAGAGAGCUGAUGGUCAUGCAAUAAAAGUUGCCAUGGGAAUGCAGAGGCAGAUAACAUCUAAACGUGGCAAGAUUGAUGCACUGCAAAGCCGUGUUAACUUUCUAGAGGAAAGUGUUAAAAGUUAUUCCUCGGAGAAAAAGUAUCUCAAGGAAGAAAAUAUCAGGUUGUGUGAAGAACUUGCUACUGUUGUGGCAGAAAGGGCCACAUUAACAAAGGAAAUAAGCAAUCUCCAUAAUCUUGAAGGAGAUCUGACUGAAAAAACAGGGAAACUAGAAACUGCACUAAAAAAGACCUCUGGGCAGCUUGCUGAAUGCCAAAGAGUUAUCCAACAGCAAGAACAAGAACUUGUAUAUCUGAAACUACAGAAUGCUUUGGAUGCACGGGAGCUUCAUGGUCCAGCCUAUAGUUUAGCUGAACAACCACCAAGGCCACAGCUUUACCCUGUUUCUAACUAUAACUCGUCAAAUAUCCAAAAAGCAGCAAUUCAUCUCUUUGCUCUAAAACCGGAAAUUCAGCAGGAGGACAACAAAAAACGUUCUAGUGAACAACAGCUUGGAAAUCAAAAGAACCUUUACAUCUCUGCCAACUCCAUCCCUACUACAGAUGUUAAUGAUUUCCAGAAAAUGGCAGAAAAACCGUGUGUCUUACAAAAUAUAGGAACAGAUAUUUCAGUUGGACGAAACAGUAUGCAGAGAAUCGAAACUUUUAAUACCAGGGAUAUUUCUACUUUACAUACAAGAGACCUGGAAGAUGAACCCAUAAAUCCAUCACACACAAACAGGGAAUUUGAAUACUCAUUUUUGUCUGCAACUCCACGCUAUGCUUCUUCCCCAAGAAAGUUAACAAUUCCCCCGAAGUCUCCAGUGCACUCUCUGCUUGUUUCUGCUCCAGAAAGUGAUUCUCAACUGGCAGAAAAAGCAGAAAAGAUAUCCUGUGUACAAAACAAAGACGAAAAUGCUGGACCAACAUGCCGAAAACUUCAAGGCAGAUUGUACAGCCUUCAGAAUCUGAUUGCUGACUUGCAGAUAAAAAAUCAAGAGGCUACCUCAAUGAUUCAAACUCAAGAAAAAAGAAUCAAGAAAGUGAAAGUUCAAAAGAAGCUGCUCAAUACAUAAAGGCCACUUGGUGGAAAUAAGUUAUUUUCCUGUCUCACAG